AUGGAAUGUAACUCGGGCAUUAUACAUACACUUCGAUUUCCUUUAACUAACAGAGAAGGUUUCGAUAGAUCAUCUGUUUUAAGCCUACUGGAAUCCCACCCAGAAACUCAAUCGUUUGCUAAAGAUUUAUCCGCUGCGCUUAAAAAUAAUUUGAGGAAUGUGAAUUCUGGAAAACGUUAUACUGUAAUUGUACCAAGUCGACAAAAAUGGGAGUCAUUACGUCAAAAGUAUUCAGGAGAACAGAUACAAAAGAUUGCAGCGAAUCACGUUUUCUUAGGUCAGCAUUGUUCUGGACAUUUAAUUCAGUCGCUUGAAAGUUAUAAAACCCUAUCUGGUGAAACACUUGAAUUUAUCUGUGAAACUGAUUCAUCGGGUAAAGAACGCCAUUAUAUACGAACUGUUUGUGGUGAAAAACGCGAGAUAACUACUUCGGAUUUAGCAGCUACAAAUGGAGUGGUACACAUUGUUGAAGAUGCAUUAAUUCCAUUUUCGGUUUUGAAAUUACAAGAAUUAAUUCAAAAUAAAGACUGUGCUGAGAAGUUAAAAGUCACAGAUUUUAUCAAUUUACUAAAAGAAUGUGAUUUAAAAAUUGAACCAGGACAAAAGUAUGCUGUGGUUCUGCCUCAAGAUAGUUCAUUCAAAUGGUGGUCAAAUUAUCCACAAUUUCAAGAUGAAUACAGGCGUUUUCAAGUUGAUAAAGAAUAUCGUUGUAAAGUCGCACGAUAUCAUAUAAUGAGGAGUAAUAAUCGUUUGAACAAUAUAGACAGUUUUGCCAGUCAUACUUUGGGUCAUCGUACAAAUAAUCCAAAUGAACCAUUAUAUGAAACGACAUAUUUUAAAAAAUCACCUUAUGGAUCACAGCUUCAUUUCCACUACUCUCCUAUCAAUAAUCUGGAAUCUUUUGAAAUGGGUGAUGUAACAGUCUAUAUUACGCCGAAAAUCAAUGUCCCACCUGAAUUAAACAUAACUGAUAUUUUAAGUACUCGACCAGAUACGACAAUCGCCAAGAAUCAGACAGAAGUAAUCAAGAUGGAUGAAAAACAUUUUAGUAAAAAUGCACCGAAAAAUUUAUACCUUGUAACAACUGACGAUGGAUGGAAAGAUCCUAAAUCUACUCCGACUACAAUCAAUCCAUAUCGAUCAGAAUUGAACACUUAUAAGGAUAAUAUUUUAGAAAAUGUAAGUUAUCAAUAA